UGUUUUGCAGGGAGAAUUACAAUUAUUUUUUAAUCAUUCCUCUUUUUCUCUCCUAUCAACCUUGAAGUUGGGAAAAAGGACAGACAAAAAAAUACAAAAAACAAACAAACAUGAGGACUUGGAUGGAGUGCAAGGAAAGAAAAGAAAGAAGAGGCAGUAUAGAAAUUUGAAUCUUUCUCCUUAUCAGGAAAGACCCAAACCUUUUUUAUUCUUUCCCUCUCAGUAACGUCCGGAAAAGGAACUCAUUCAACAACUGGGGCUGCCGCUUUCGUUUCUCUGACUAGUUGGUGGGGAGAGAAAGAAAUUAAAGAUCGAACCUUUAAAGCAGACUAAAGUUCAUGGCUUGAUUUAUCGUGCUGUUUUGAGGCUUAUAGGUGAAGCUGGGUUCUGAUCACUGCUCUUUUAUUUACUUAAAAAACCCAAUCUUUAAUCUGUCUACAGAAAGAGAAAGUUGGGGGUUUUGAUGGGUUUGUGCUCAAGUUUUUGCUUCCUUAAGGAUCCUGAUAGGAAGGAGAAAUUGAAGAAGCAGUCGAUAUGGAGGGUUUUUUCUCUGAAGGAGUUGCACGCGGCUACAAACAAUUUUAACUAUGAUAACAAGCUUGAAGAGGAUGGGUUUGGGAGUGUUUAUUGGGGUCAGCUCUGGGAUGGAUCACAAAUUGCAGUGAAAAGGCUAAAGGAGUGGAGCAACACAGCAGAGGUGGAAUUUGCUGCUGAAGUUGAAAUACUGGCUCGAGCACGCCACAAAAAUCUUCUGGCUUUGCGUGGCUAUUGUUCUGAGGGGCAAGAACAUGUGCUUGUUUAUGAUUAUGUGCCAAACUUUAGCUUGCUGUCUCAUCUUCAUGGGCAGUAUUCAGCUGACACCCUUCUUGAUUGGAAGAAGCGGAUAAGCAUUGCUGUUGGGUCUGCUGAGGGAAUCGCCUAUCUACAUCACGAUGCAACCCCACAUAUUAUACAUGGAGACAUCAAAGCAGGCAAUGUGUUACUAGAUUCUAACUUCCAAGCUCAACUUGCUGGUUUUGGGAUUGCAAACUUCUUCCCUGAUGAUGCAACACGUGUGACCACCAGAUCGAAGGGCACGCUUGGUUAUCUUGCACCGGAAUAUGUAAUGUUAGGAAAAGAAUCAAAGAGUUGUGAUGUUUACAGCUUUGGGAUUCUUUUGCUAGAGCUUGCUAGUGGCAAGAAGCCAAUAAAAAAGGUGAGUGCAAGUAAGAAUUGGACAAUCACAGAUUGGGCACUACCAUUGGCAUGUGAGGGUAAAUUCAGUGAACUUGCAGAUCCAACACUUAAUGGAAACUAUGUGGAAGAAGAGCUAAAAAGAAUUGUGUAUGUAGCUCUCAUAUGUGCUCAGAAUCAACCUGAGAAGAGACCAACGAUGCUCGAGGUCGUUGAACUCCUCAAAGGAGAAUCAAAAGAGAAGCUUGCUGCUCUAGAGAAUAAUGAAAUGUUUAAAAAUCUCAAAGCUGCAACCCAUAAAGAUGGAUGUGCACAUGAAGACAGCCAAGAGUUUAUCUCAGAGAAACAAGUAUUGGAGCCUGAAAUUGGCUCUGCAUAAAUUAAACUUGGUAUAUUUUGAUACAUAAAUUAAACUUGGUAUAGGAAUGCUUCUUAGUCUUUUACUAGAAGACAUUGACAUUGACAUUGAAGUGGAACUGAAAUGAUCAUUUGAGUUUGUUGUGUUAUCUUUUGGAUGACAAGGGAAUCCUGCAGUCACUACCUGAUGGAUAAACCUUGCCUUGUGACCCUAGCCGGGAAAAGGAUCACAAGUAGGUAAACCAGCCUAGGUUGUCCAUAGUUUACAGGCUCAAACCAAGAAGGCUAUAGGCCGCUUUUACUGGGAACCUUGUAAUUACCAAGCCAACAAUAUGACAAACUUGGCUCGGUUGCCCCCAUAUAUUGUGUUAUCUUUGUUGAAUACAAUUGAUUGAUUAGGCUGCAUAGCCCAA